AUGGCGAAACGUGUGAACGAUAUACGACUUCAUCCGUCAGGAUCUAAUGAAGGCAGAGAAGACUUCAUUGGUUUCCGAAACUGUUUUGCAGAUGAUGAUGAUGAUGAUGAUGAUGAUGAGGGCAUCAACAAGAAACAAAAAGUAGAGGAAGAGAAAGAAGACAGUGAUGUCGACGAUUAUCUGUCCGAAGCAUUUGUUGUACAAGCAGAAUCUGUACGUCCUGGAAUGUCCUCUUCACGAAACUAUCGUCGGGAGAUUAUAAACAACCAGAAACGGGAGAAGAACGAAAGUGAGCAUGUCAAGCAAAUGCCCAAACACGAAAGAGAAAAGGUGAAGUUGGAAGAAGGAUUACAAAAGCCCCUAGAUCCCUCCUCUAAAGGUUUCUCUUUGAUGGCUCGAAUGGGUUACAAACCAGGAAUGAGUUUGGGAAAGAAGAAAGAUGAGAAUGAUAUGGGCAGUGGAAUCAAAGAACCUGUGCCCCUGUUACUCAAACAAAAUAGGGAAGGAUUAGGAAUUAUGGCGGAACGGAAGGCGAGGUUCCAAAAGGAGAUUGAAAAAAUGAGAUCUGCGAGUAAAAAUAUCGGGGAGAGUAUAGAAGACUACCGGAAGAGGAAGCAUGAAGGAUACUUAUCCAGAAAUUGGAUCAAAGACCUCAAAAAGUUCCAGACUGUAUGUCAGAACUUAGAUGCUCAAAGAGAUUUGAGCUCCCCCCUCGUACCAUGGUUUUGGAAGAGCUUCCCAAAAGAAGUCAAAAAUGAAGAAAGUUAUGAGUCUGAAAUCAAGUAUUUCUACCGAAACGGUAAGGAAGGUCCCCCAACCUUGGAAUACGAACUGUUAUCUCUGGAUGAGAUGAAGACAAUGUACGAUGAGAUCAAUGAGUACUUGAGACAAACUUAUUUCUACUGCAUGUGGUGUUGUAUGGCUUAUGAGGAGGAGGAACUAUUGAAAUCACAUUGUCCUGGUACUGAAAGGGAAGCUCACCCUGAUUAUGAAGACGAUUGA